AUGGACGCUAAAGUUCCCUUUACACCUUUCUUCUCCUCAGGUCCUCAGCUGUCCCAGAGCUGUGAACUGUCACCACCCUGGCGUGCAGACGGGGGGCCACUGUCGAGCACCAAGGCCCCUCAGAUCACUGGGGUUAGAGUUCAGCUGGAGAUGCAAGCACUCUGGCAGCAGUUUGACCAGCUGGGCACAGAAAUGAUUGUUACCAAAGCUGGAAGGAGGAUGUUCCCAACAUUCCAGGUGCAAAUCUCUGGGAUGGAUCCUGCUGCUGAAUAUGUCCUGCUCAUGGACUUCAUUCCUGUUGACAAUAAAAGAUACAGAUAUGCCUUCCACAGCUCAUCCUGGUUGGUGUCAGGGAGAGCAGAUGUUACAGCCCCAAGCAGGAUGCAUUUCCACCCAGACUCACCUGCCCUUGGGGCUCAGUGGAUGAAGCAGACUGUAUCCUUUGAUACUCUCAAGCUCACCAAUAACCUGCUGGAUGACAACGGACAUAUGAUAUUAAACUCCAUGCAUCGCUACCAGCCUCGCUUUCAUGUGGUGUAUGUGGAUCCAGUGCCUAACAGCCACUUAAAUGCAUACAGAAACUUCUGCUCUUUUUCCUUCCCAGAGACAUGCUUCAUGGCAGUCACUGCCUAUCAGAACCACCGGAUCACACAGCUAAAAAUAGCUAGUAACCCAUUUGCUAAAGGCUUCAGGACUACAGAUCCCCAAGACUGGGUGGGUAAUUCCAGGCCCCUGGCAGUGUGGUGUCCGCCAGAGGGCAGAGCAAAGCCCCUCACCACCAAACUUGAAGAGCAGAGAAGCAGGGGCUCAAAACCUUCAACUAGACAGAAGGAGCCUACCCAGUCGGUGGAGCAGAGCGAACUGUUUCACCACUGCCAAGACUCAGUUGGACUCACCAUAGAGAGGAAAGAUGGUGGCAGCUUUUUAACACCUUCUUCCUUUGUCCCUCUCACUUCCUACUGGGACUGUACAGGAUCAUCUCAAGUGAGAGAUAACCUGCCAUAG